CUGACCGCCAGAUUUUUUUCUUCCUACCUUAUACCAGCAGCAGCGCGUGUGCGCCUGUUUUGCAGUACACGCAGGUACCGCCUACCAGCAUCUAACCUUACUAAACAUACCUUGAUUUCUUUCUCCUUUCGACCUUUUUCGCCCUCGCUCCAUUCGCUUGUAUAUACGAAACGUACACGGCCCCGGUCUCAAUUAUAUAUUUUCUUUCUCUUCUAAACGUUUGCUUCCAUCCACCACUCGCGCGUUCCUUUUCUCUAUUUCCCCCUCUAUUGUUUUCCUUGCGUCCGCAUGCAUACUCGCAACCAACGCACAAAUAACAAACACCCGACAUCUACUGGCUCCGCAUCGGCCGUACACGCACUGGCCAAUUCCAUGUCGUCCGUGUCUUUGGCUGGCAACAUUAAACGCGCCGAUCUCGGGGUGUCCGCCAAACCAACUAAUUCGCAACAGCAGAAAUCGCCCCGGAUGUACGAUGGUGCCCGGAAGACGUCCCAGGACACAUGCACCUCGUCCCUGUCCCCAGCGUCAUCGCCUGUCACACCGGUCAUGAGCUCACCGCCUAUGCAGCACCUGGUUGCUGAUUUGUCAAAGCAGUCGGCCCCGCUCGACAGCAUCGAUGCUUGGUCUGCUGUGCACCAAGAGCCCACCAUAGCUGCGGCUGCGGCCAAACUUGAUAUACAUAUGCUGGGCCAGAGGUACGACUCACUAGCCAUCGACAGGCGCACUGCCGACGGUAGCGCUGCCCCAGAGAGUGCGCUGGCUGGUGGAACGCUAGAGUAUGCAAUGAUUGACGAGGCUAUUUUACGUGGUCGCUCCACUACCCUGCCCAAUAUUUUUGCUGCUCCCAAUCCCCUUCGCCGCAUUUCAACUAUGACCUCGCUGGACAGCGCAGGCAUCAAUGGUCCCGUGAGCCCAACCCCAUCUGCAGGCUACAGUGGCAUGCUAUCUCAGCAGCAGCAACCUCCGCAAGCACCAGCACCAGCAACAACCUCCGCAGCACCAGCAGCACCAGCACCAACAGCAGCAGCAACAGACCCAGUCACAGAAGCAGCAGCGGCAUGGCUUGCACCGCUCUUACAGUCUCCGGGACAACCACCGCGCAGGCGCCAUUGGCAGUAAUGCUGGCGUCGAUGGCAGCAACCCGAUUAGCCCGUUGGGACUGUCC